CUGCAGCAGGCGCUGCCGACCAAUCUCUUUGCGGGUCUGGCAGGCGACGGGGCGCUGUUGCUCCCAGUAUAUCUGAUCGCCCUGGUGCUCGGGCUGAGCAUCCCGGACGACCGCGCGAGCCGCCCGCUGAUCGAGCUCACCGAAGCCCUGUCCCGGCUGUUUUUCCGGAUCAACUCGUUCAUCACCGCUCAUCUCUGGGCCCCGCUGCUGCUCGGCAGCGCAUCGCUGGCCGCCGCGCUGGCGGCGGGAGUCGGCCCGUACCGAGAGUUGCUGCUGGUGGUGGUGAUCGACCUUGCCCUGGUGCUCGGGCUGCUGUUGCCGGGGUGGCGCUUUCUGCGGCGGAAGCGGGCGGACCUGCCGUCCCUGUCCGCCCUGGCCGUACCGGUGCUCACGGCGGUCGCCACCGGCCAUCAUCACGCGGCGUUGGCGUCGUUGGCCCGGUACGCGACCGCGGACUUGCGGAUCGCGAACCGCCUGGGCAGCGCGGCCUUCCCGCUGUUCGCGAUGUUCGGGCGCGCCGGGAGUGCCAUGGUCGCGGCCGCCUCGUUUACCGUGAUUCUCCGUUCCUACUCAAGCAUGUCGCUUGCCGCCGGUGACGUACUGUGGAUCAUCGGCGCCGCGUCAGUGACCGCCUUCGCCCUGGCGGCUGCACCCGGCGGCGCCGUCGCCGCUGCCCUGGCGCUGCUGGCCGCUGGCUACGGGCGCGGGUUGGAGGAGAGCUACCUGGUGGUCGACCCGGUGCUGCCGUUGCUGAUCGCGAUCGGCGUGGCGGUCGACGUGGUGAUCGGCGGCGCGAUCGCCGUCGCGGUCGGCGCGCGUGAGCGCCUGCUCAUCGACCCGCGGCCGAAGCGCGCUCAGAGGUAG